AUGGCCACUGAUAUGAAGAACGAGAAUGCCAACCACCUCGAGGAUAUCGAGACGAGUACAUCCGAUGAGCAAGCUGCAGACGUUCCUGAAUACGAUGCCAAAGAGACGCAGAGAAUUCUCCGCAAAGUCGACUAUCGGCUCCUGCCCAUGCUGACCCUUCUGUACGUCCUGUCGUUCAUCGACAGGAGCAACAUCGGCAACGCCAAAGUCGCAGGCAUGAACAGCGAUCUCGGCCUCACCGGUCCACAGUACAACAUCGCCCUCACCGUCUUCUUCUUCCCCUACGCCCUCUUCGAAGUCCCCAGCAACGUCGUCCUCAAGCUGGUCAAACCCUCCAUCUGGAUCGGCUGCAUGAUGAUCGCCUGGGGCACGGUGAUGACGCUCAUGGGCAUCGUGCAGAGCUACGGCGGGCUCGUGGGCGCGCGCGUAGCCCUCGGCUUCGCCGAAACGGGCUUCUUCCCCGCCAGCACCUUCCUCCUCACGACGUGGUACCGGCGCUUCGAGCUGCAAACGCGCAUGGCCGUCUUCUUCAGCGCGGCGUCGCUCGCCGGCGCCUUCUCCGGGCUGCUCGCGUACGCGAUCCAGAACAUGGACGGCAUCUGCGGGCUGCGGGGGUGGCGGUGGAUCUUCAUCCUCGAAGGGAUCGCGACCGUGGGCGUCGGGGCGGGCUGCUUCGCGCUGCUGCCGGACGGCCCGGCGGAGGCGGCGGCGUUCCUGAGCGUGCGGGAGCGCCGGUUCCUGGUGCGCCGGCUGCGGAUGGAUGCGGGGACGCGGACGGGGAGGGUCGAGACGGCGGAUGCGUUCAGUUGGCCGGCGGUGCGCGCCGCGCUGGGGGAGUGGAAGAUUUGGUGCGCCGUCGUCGUGUAUUGGGGCAACUCCAUCUCCCUCUACGGCUUCACCUACUCGGCACCGUCCGUCAUCCUCAACCUCGGCUACACCGCCGCCGCCGCGCAGCUCCUCACCAUCCCCAUCUACAUCCUCGGCGCCAUCGCCACCAUCAUCGUCUCCUACUGGGCCGACCGACGCCAAAAGCGGUGGCCCUUCAUCGCGGGGCCGUUCUGCGUCGCGGCGGGCGGCUUCCUCGGCUUGCUGUGCAUCCCGCACCCGCGGCUGCCGGGGCUGACGUACGCGCUGCUGUUCUGCGUGCCGGCGGGGGUGUAUCCGCCGCUGAUCGGGGUGCUGGCGUGGGUGGGCAACAACCUGGCGCCGUCGUGGAAGCGGGCGGUGGGCAUGGCGCUGCUUAUCAGCGUCGGGAACCUGGGCGGUGCGGUGGGGUGCAACGUUUAUCUGGAGGCGGAGGCGCCGCAUUAUUGGUUGGGGUUUGGGUUUGGGUUGGGGAUCUCGCUGGCGGCGGUCGCGGCGACGCUGGUGCUGAAGGUGGCGUAUGAGCGGUUGAAUGCGGAGAAGGAGGCGGUGGGGAGCGAGGAGGAGGUGAGGGCGAGGUGGGGGGAGGAGGAGUUGCGGAGGAUGGGGGAUCGGAGUCCGUUGUUUAGGUAUGCGGUUUGA